AUGUUCCGCGUCUUGCCACUACUCUGCCUUCUUCUGGGCAUCGCCACUGCCCGGUCGGAGAACUGCGAUCAUGACGUUAUUGCCCCCACGCUCUUCUGCCGAGGAGAGCGCGCCCUUCGCAACGUCCUGCGGAACUUAAACAAAAGCGACAAGCCGCUGGAGGUGGUCCGUGGCCUGGAGAUUGUGCCCCUGCAGAAUGCCACAUCAGUCGAGGAGGAUUCGGAGCAGGGCCUGCUGGACAGUCUGGCCUUCUAUCUACGGACCCACGAGGUGAAUGUGAAGCUGGCCUACCUACUGGAGGACGACAGCAAAGGCGAGGUUGCAGAAGCCCGCAAAAAGGACAAGGGCCAGGGAAUGAUUUUGGCAAUGGCGUUGAUGUUUGGCAAAAUGAUGGCUGUUCUGGGAAUUGGGGGCAUUGGAGCACUGGCGAUGAAGGCGCUCGGCGUGGCGAUGGUAGCCCUAAUGAUGGCUGGAAUGCUGGGUCUGAAAACAGCAGCGCAGCACGGCGGAGAAUCCAGUCACAGCAUUUCAUACGUAACCGGAGAGGGACAUCAUCACAAACGCCGGCGGCGUUCCACAAUGCAGAAGCCCGUCGCAGUCGCGGGUCAGCAACCCAUGGCCUACAGGGGCUGGAAUUGA